AUUUCGUGGCCGGUAACACCCAUCAAUCUUCAAAACCCAUAACACUCUUAUCAGCUAAACACCACCUACAGGCUACAACCAUGGCUCCGAUGGCAAACCUUAACCAAAUUUUCAGCACUUUUCCGGCCAUCCCAAAACUUUCCGGCGACGGAAAGUCCCGGCCAGAUGCAGGUACAGCCCGUUUGACCGGAAUCAAUGCGGAGGAAACUCAAAACCACCCAUUAAAACCAACAAGAAGACUGGCAUUAGGACUCGGCUCUAUGGGACUCUUUGCAAAUUCCAACAUUGCCGUUGUUCUUGCGGAAGAUAACGGUUUUUGGCUCACCGGACCUAUUCCGAUACCCCGGGCCUUAAAUAUGAUCGAUAACUUGGAGACGGGCACACGGUCUUUCUUAAAGACGGGAGUGUACAUAGCCGAUAUUGGGACUAAAGGAAGACAAUUUCGGCUAAAGAAGUACGCAUUUGAUCUUCUAGCAUUGGGGGAUUUGAUAGGUAAAGAUGCAUGGAAUUAUGUUCGAAAGUAUUUGCGUCUCAAGUCAACGUUCAUGUACUUUGACUUUGAUAAAGUGAUCUCUGCUGCUACAUCCGACGAAAAGCCACCACUCCUUGAUCUUGCAAAUAGAUUGUUUGAUACGGUUGAAAAGCUAGAAGAUGCAGUAAAGAAACAAGACCUUCCUCAAACUGAAUUAUUGUACAAAGACACAACAGUUAUUCUUCAAGAAGUUAUGACGAAAAUGGCAUAAAACUUGUCAUGACAUGAAAUGUAUGUGCCAUGAUUGUGAAUCAUCUUCAUCAGCUUUGUUUUUAUUGUUAAUUGUUUUAUAUGAUGAUAGAAAUACAACAUGUGUUGAUCAUAUACAUAUUCCAAACUUUUAAUGUUCACACAUAGUCAUAUGUUUGUUAGAAAUUAGGGGUGGGAAGAAAACUGGUUUGAUAAUCAAUGAAUAUGGAUUUCUUCAGAAUUAUGUUCUG